AUGCAUCACCGUCAUCCCAACAAUCGAAGCAACAGGAGGGCCUUGCGAGUCUUCCAAGCCAACGUGGGCAAGAUCCCUCCGGCGCAUGACACUGCGCUCGCGCUGGCUGAUUCGGAGCGAUACGACAUUAUCCUGCUGCAGGAACCAUGGACAGGACUUAAAGACGGCCGAUGCCUCACCAAGACGCAUCCGGCCUACGACACAUUCUCACCCGUCACCGACUGGGACGGCCGCGACACUCGUCCGAGAGUCAUGACAUACGUCCGGCGCUCCGCAGGCCUCGUCGCUGAUCAAAAGAGACCUCCGGACUACGACGCGGCUUUGGAAAUACUGCUUGGCUGGUGCGCGACGGAUAAAUGCCUUGUAUCUGGCGACUUCAACGCCAAGCAUCCCAGCUGGCAGGCCGGUCGACAAGAGCACCGCGGUGAAGACAUCGCGUUCUGGGCCAUGGAUAACCGACUCAGCUUAUUGAAUGCUGUCGAUGUCCCGACUAACGCGCGCGGCAGCACGAUCGAUCUCGCCUUCUCCAAUAUACCUUUGGCGGACGCGGUUGUUGAGGAUCAUUUAGCAACCGGGUCCGACCACUUUACCCUAGUAUCACGCUGCCUAGUCAAGCCUAGCACCCCUUCCAUUAUGCAAGAUCCGCCUCAACUCCGAUGA